AUGAAGAUCGGAAAAAAUGGGAUAUUCUCAUUUUUCACUUAUAUGGUCUAUCAGAAAACAGACAAGAACUCCAAGGACGUCGAGUUGAGAAGUGGAAGGCAUCUCCCAGAUCCUGUCUCUAAGCAGCUGACUGCCGAAGAGAAGGGAAAGCAGAAAGAGGGAGAACAACCUCCACUUGAGGAUGUCCUCAACGACGAACAAGAUGCCGAACAGCCAACUGUCAUAGAACCCGUAGCCCUUACGAUGCAAGAACAGCCUGUUCCUACUCGCCUCUACACUCCAAAAGUACCCUAUCCAGUCCCUGCUAAGAAAUCACGCAAGGAUUACGAAGAGAUGAAGUGCAAGAAGAUGCUAGAGGAGUUGACUAUUAAGUUAUCUCUCGUGGACGCAAUUCAGAUGAUUCCUUCAAUGUGCAGCCUUGUCAAGGGACUGAUCUCUAGGAAGACCUCUGCAGACAGCGAUAUCAUGAUGGUCUUAAAAGAAUGCAACGCAGUCCUUCUAAACAGAACAGUCAGGAAAUUGGUAGAUCCUGGAAAAUUUGUCCUUUCGGUUCAGAUUGGAAAGACAGUUUUUGCCUGUUCUUUAUGUGAUUUAGGCUCUAGUGUGAAUCUCAUGCCCUACUCAGUUUCAAAGCAUAUGGGACUAACCAAUUUCAAGCAAACCAGGAUUUCAUUGGUGUUCGCAGACAGAUCAGUCAAGUUGCCAGUAAGUGUUCUCAAAGACCUGCAAGUUCAAAUAGGCAACACCAUAGUUCCAGCAGAUUUCGUGGUUUUGGAGCUCGAAGAUGAACCGAAAGACCCUCUCAUUCUGGGCCGACCCUUCUUAUGCACAGCUGGUGCAAUCAUUGAUGUGCGAAAUGGGAGAAUCGAUCUCCAGCUAGGACGAGCUGCUCAAACGACCUAUGCUAGAUGGUCAGAACUUCACGAUUGA